AUGAAUAUCAUUAAGCUACAGAAAAAGUUUCCUGUAUUGACCCAGGAAGAUAUCUUCCAGACCGUGGAAAAAUUCCGGGAAAUUGACGUUGAGGACAACGGAUGGGUUGAAAAGGGACAAUUGCUGGCUGCAGUAUCGAAAUCGGGGGAAGCCUCUUACGAUGAGGCCAGAGAGACUCUCAAACAGGUUGGCGUGGAUGCCUCGGGGCGUGUUGAGCUGGACGAUUAUGUGGAACUGAUUGCGAAGCUGAAAGAUACAAGAAUCGGACCACCCCCAGCUACCAGUUUUCAAACGUCUUCUGCCCCUGUAAACAUUCCUGUGACGCCGGCAUUCACCGGUCUGCAGCAUAAGGGCUCAGGCGCUCAGGCCAAAAUUAUUGUUGGUGGCUCCACCACCGGUAGUCAACACACCAUCAAUGAAGAAGAGAGAACAGAAUUCACAAAACAUAUCAAUAGCGUUUUGGCUGGAGAUUCGGAUAUCGGCUACAAACUGCCCUUUGCUACCGACACUUUUCAGCUAUUCGAUGAGUGUAGAGACGGCUUGGUUUUGUCAAAGUUGAUCAACGACUCGGUACCAGACACUAUCGACACUAGAGUUUUGAACUGGCCAAAAAACGGCAAGCGUCUCAAUAACUUCACCGCUAGUGAGAACGCCAACAUUGUUAUCAACUCGGCCAAAGCUAUUGGGUGUAUUGUCGUGAACGUCCAUUCAGAAGACAUCAUUGAGGGGAAAGAACAUCUCAUUCUGGGUCUUAUUUGGCAGAUUAUCCGCAGAGGUCUGUUGAGCAAAAUCGACAUCAAACACCAUCCAGAACUGUACCGUUUGCUCGAAGAUGACGAGACCCUCGAACAGUUUUUGAGACUCCCUCCCGAGCAGAUCUUGCUUCGCUGGUUCAACUAUCAUCUGAAACAAGCGGGCUGGGGCAGACGGGUUAGUAACUUCUCGAAAGACGUUGCCGAUGGUGAGAACUAUACUAUUCUCUUGAACCAACUGGCACCGGAGUCGUGUUCGCGCGCUCCAUUACAAACCUCUGACCUAUUACAGAGGGCUGAGCAGGUUCUACAAAAUGCAGAGAAGCUAGAAUGCAGAAAAUAUUUGACUCCUAGUUCUCUCGUGGCUGGUAAUCCAAAGUUGAAUCUGGCUUUUGUUGCACAUUUGUUCAACACACAUCCUGGAUUGCAACCGAUCGAGGAGUCCGAAAAGCCGGAAAUCGAAGAGUUUGAUGCCGAGGGGGAAAGAGAAGCGAGAGUGUUUACUCUAUGGCUCAAUUCACUGGACGUCGAUCCUCCUGUGGUGUCUUUGUUCGAAGAUUUGAAAGACGGUCUGGUUUUAUUGCAAGCCUACGGUAAAGUGAUGCCGGAUGCCGUUGAUCAGAAAAACGUCAAUAAGCGUCCUGCUUCAGGAAAUGAGCUUUCCAGAUUCAAAGCUCUAGAGAACACUAAUUACGCUGUUGAUCUAGGCAAGUCUCGCGGUUUCUCGCUUGUAGGUAUCGAAGGUUCGGACAUUGUUGACGGAAAUAAGCUUCUCACAUUGGGCCUAGUAUGGCAGUUGAUGAGAAGAAAUAUUGUUAAUACGAUGAAGACCUUGGCCACUGAUGGCAAAGAACUCAGCGAUGGCCAAAUUUUGAAAUGGGCUCAAGAUCAAGUUGCCAAAGGUGGAAAGACUUCUCGUGUCAGAUCUUUCGGCGACCCCGCUUUGUCCAAUGGCCAUUUCCUACUAGAUGUGCUGAACGGAAUCGCGCCUGGCUAUGUCGAUUAUGAUCUAGUGAUUGCUGGAAAUACGGAGGAAGAUAAAUACGCCAACGCCAGACUGGCUAUUUCCAUCGCGAGAAAAUUGGGUGCCCUAAUUUGGCUAGUUCCAGAGGAUAUCAACGAGGUACGCUCAAGAUUGAUUUUAACCUUUGUCGCUUCCUUGAUGGCUUUAAAGCAAUGA